AUGUCUGAACAACCAUUAGACACUUCCAAGGGCCAAGUCAAUCUUCCACUCUCGAUCAAGCCCCAUGAUCUUAUCCACCCAACCAAAGAAACAAUGAAGAUAUUGUGGGAUGCAUGUGCAAUCGAUAUAUCCGAAUCCGGCAGAUUGUUCUUGAUCAAUCAAUUAUCCCCCGUGAUAGCUUCAAGGAAGGAUGGAAAUUUCCCAUGGGCUGCACAUGGUCAAUUCCUUCGUUUGAUGAUCGUUCAUUUCCUCGAAUCUAGAUGGCCUCGUCUGGUCUCUCUUGUACCUUCCUUCGGGAAGUUGGAUGAACCCUUGAAGUUGGUCAAGAUUAAGAGGGAAACUGGACCUGGAUAUACGGCUGAUACUAAGAGAUCAUUCGAAGUAGCAAGCAACUUUACUAAAGAUCUUCCCUUAUUGAUAGGAGCGUUAUCUCUCGUUCCGGCUCAUCAUGAGGUUUUAAGAAUGUGUUUCGCCGCUCUGGCUUCCCUCGUACCUUGGUCAUCUGACAGAUCCCUCAUGAUAUAUGAGCAAGCAAGAGAUACAGGACUAGCAGCGAUGGAAGAGACGAUCUUUCUAACUAUUGCUGAAGUCAGCAUCGCAAUGUGUAAAAAAGUGGAUACGUUUCCAGAGGCUUUAGGCGAUCUGGUCGAUACAGCGCUGGAGAUUUACAAGUGGUUUCCGUUUACUAGCUAUGGAGGAAUGAUCAGAUGGACCGAACUGUUGGAAGAAGCUAUGGUGAGAUGGCCAAACCUCUAUAAGUAUGAUCCAAUUAGAUCGGUGUUGCCUACGAUAAGGAAUCAGAAGAAGUUCUAG